CGGUGGUUUAUCGAUUAGUCGGGUCUGUCAGACUGAACUGUCGAUGAGGGAAAACUCGAUGCCGAUGCGGAAGUGGGUCUGUCGCUGAUCAUUUGGAUAAAUGCACAAGAGAAAACAACCAAAUGAAAAUGUAAAAGAGCAUUGUUGUGGUGUCCAGCUGGAAUCAUCAUGUCCUCCGCUGGUCCAUCUCUGUCGCACCCUCGGCGCUCCGCGGCGGGAGCUGAGGCCGGGGCGGCGAGCGAUCGUGGGAUUUUCUCCUCGGACAGACACGCUGGGCUCCUGCUAGCUCAGAUGAACAAAAUGCGCCAGCAGUCUGACUUCUGCGACGUGCGGCUGCUGGUAGGCGGAAGGGUGUUCGGGGUCCAUAAGCUGGUGCUGGCUGCCAGCGGCCCGUACUUCGCUGCUCUGUUCUCUGGAGCUAUGAGCGAAGCCCAUGAGGAGGAGGUUCGCAUUGUUGGAGUGGAAGCUGACGUCUUUGAAAUUCUCCUAGAAUUUAUUUACACUGGCUCUAUUGACGUGACGGUGGACACUGUGCAGGAGCUGAUGGUGGCUGCAGACAUGCUGCAGUUGAGUGAGGUGGUGGAUAUAUGUGGAGAAUUCCUGCGGGCUCAUAUGGACCCAUCCAACUGUGUGGGGAUCUAUCGCUUUUUGGAGCAGAUCGCCUGUAUGGAGCUGCUACAGUUCACUGAAGACUACAUCCAUGUCCACUUUCUAGAGGUGUGUGCCUCAGAAGAGUUCUCGAGCUUGUCUAAAGAUCAGCUGGUGAAGCUGCUCCGCAGUGAGGAGCUCAGGAUCGAAGACGAGUAUCAGGUGUUCACGGCUGCUAUGGACUGGCUGCACCACGACGUGCCGCACAGGAAGAAGCAUGUGGUGGAAGUUCUGGAACCGGUGCGCUUCCCGCUGCUGUCUCCACAGAGACUCUACAAGUACAUCGAGGGUGAGAGAGAUGCUGUGUUUCACUUUAGUGCUCCUCACCGCUCAAGACUCAUAGGAGAAAAGGACUCCAUGAUUUUCGACUGCACGGAGCGGUACGACCCAGUGACCAAGCAGUGGGCGGCAGUGGCGUCUCUGAACUAUCCACGCUGUGGGGUUGGAGUUUAUUCCUGUCAUGGAGCUCUUUACGCACUUGGUGGCUGGAUUGGCUCAGAAAUCGGGAAGACCAUGGAACGAUAUGACCCAGAAGAAAAUAAAUGGGAGGUUAUUGGGAGCAUGGCUGUUCCUCGAUAUUAUUUUGGCUGCUGUGAGCUGCAAGGCUUCAUCUAUGUGAUUGGUGGCAUCAGUGAUGAGGGUACGGAGCUGCGCUCGGCUGAGGUUUACGACCCCAUCUCUCGCCGCUGGAGCGCCCUGCCGGUCAUGGUGACCCGACGGGCGUACGUGGGUGUAGCUAGCCUCAAUAACUGCAUCUACGCUGUAGGAGGCUGGAACGAGGCUCUGGGAUCAUUGGACACAGUGGAGAAGUACUGCCUGGAGGAGGAGAAGUGGGUGGAGGUGGCGUCGAUGGCUGUCCCGCGCGCUGGGGUAACGGUUGCAGCCGUUAAUGGUUUGUUGUAUGCGGUGGGAGGUCGGACCUCUAGCCGGGACUUUUCAGCGCCGGUCACUGUCGACUCGGUCGAAAUCUACGACCCCCAUCUGGACACAUGGACAGAGAUCGGUAACAUGAUCACCAGCCGCUGUGAUGGAGGUGUAGCUGUGCUCUGAUAGGCCACAUAUUCACACCCAGCAACAUGAAACUGGUUUUACAGUGUCUAAUUUAUUAUCAUUUUUAAAUGAGUGAAGAAGACCACCAGAGAUCGGUCUCAUAUGUUAGCCUGUGCGUUUGGUGAGGCUCGUUUAGGAAGUAAGUGUCAAGGUGAGUCUUUUUAGACUUCGUUUUGAGACACUGUGAGAUCAUGAGCAAUUCAAACAUUUGUAUAACAGCACUUCUAAUCAGCCGUCAGCCAGAAGAUUCACAGCCUGCUUCAAUAAGCCACUCAGUU